GAUUUUCUCUCCUCGUCCCUCAAUUCCCUCGGUGAUCUCUUUCGCUCGAAUGAUUAUCACAUUACGUCCGCUGCCGUUUUUCACGACAAGUCAGAUCAUGACUUCCGCUCAACAGAGACUCCAUCUCUCAUCGGCGACGCGAUUUUUCUUCAUAUCGCUCUCCUCAUCUGAUGGUUCCUUCCCACGAACGAUCAGCACCUCAACGGCACCCCGACUCUCAUUUUACUGGCUAUGA